GAAGCGCGCGCUGAGUGUGCGCGGGGUGGUGGGGCCGCUGUCGGUGCCGCUGCCGCUGCCGCUGUCGGUGCCGCUGCCGCUGUCGGUGCCGCUGCCGCUGCCGCUGUCGGUGCCGCUGCCGCUGUCGGUGCCGGGGCCGCUGCCGCUGCCGCUGUCGGUGCCGCUGCCGCUGUCGGUGCCGCUGCCGCUGUCGGUGCCGCUGCCGCUGUCGGCGCCGCUGCCGCUGUCGGUGCCGGCGCCGGCGCCAUGGACGAGCCCGGCUGCGGGGAGCAGUUCCGAGCCGCUGUCCGCGUUAUCCAGGGGCUGCCCCGCAGCGGUGAGCAGGGGCCGGGAGCGGCGCCGCGUCCGCAUCUCCCGGCGCCGCUGAUGCCGCGUCCCGCCGCAGGUUCCUACCGACCGUCCUACGAGGAGAUGCUGCGCUUCUACAGCUACUACAAGCAGGCGACAGUGGGGUGCUGCCAAGGCCCGCGGCCCGGCUUCUGGGACCCCAUCGGCCGGUACAAGUGGGACGCGUGGCACAGCCUGGGCAGCAUGUCCAAGGAGGAGGCGAUGGCAGCUUACGUGGCUGAGAUGAAGAAGGUGGCCCAAAAGGUCAUUGACACGGUGCCCAUGGACGAGGCCACCGAGGAGAUGUUCAGGUACUUCGAGCCGCUCUACGACGUGAUCCACGACAUGCCCCGGCCCCCCGAGGCCUUCUUCAAGAGGAAAAGGGGCAGCCAGGAGCAGAGCCCCGACCCCGGCAGCAGCCUGACCCCGGAGCAGCAGGACGGGCCGCCUGGGCCAGGACGGGGCCCGGCUCCUGCCACCAAGGCUGCCCAGGCGACCAGUGACUCGGAGGGGGACGUGUACUGCGAUACCCUGGAGCAGAUGGAGCCCGAGCAGGCGCUGGGUCUCUCCCCGAAUGGCGUCCAGGCCGGGCCGCCCCUGCCCCCCAGCACCGGGCAGGGACAGCAGAAGGCUGCGGGCAGAAGACUGCUGGGGAGGAGCAGCGCUGGCCUGGCCGCCCUGGGCUCCCAGAGAGACGCCUGCCUCUGCCCCACAGCCGCCCCCGGGCUGGUGGGGGCCGUGCUGGAGGCCGGGGGGCUGCCGGGGGAGCCGGGGCCCGGCGUGGCCGGCGCCGUGCGAGCGCUGCAGGACGACAUGCGGCGGGUGCUGGAGCGGCUGAGCGCCCUGGAGACGCUCACGCAGGGGCAGGGGGACGCGGCUGGGACCGAUCCUGACCAGGCUGUGCAGGUCUGUAGAACUCGGCUCAGGUACCCGAGAGCUGGGCCAAAACUGCCUAAACCUGGACUUCUGAGCUCCAAGUGAAGGAAAAAGCCUUGAGAGCUGUGCAGCAGGCCGGGGAGAAGUUUAGGAACGGAGGCACCGCACCUCAGCUCCUGGCACAGGCUCAGCCGGGCCCCUCCUGCGCCCAGAGCCCCGGCACACACGGACCCACGGCGCUGGGGGAGCCUUGGAACCUCGGAGUGGCUCAGUAAGGUGCAGGAGCUUCCCCACAGAGGCCAGGGCAGGCGAGCUCCAGCCCAGCUCGGCUCACUGAGAACAAGUAAGCUCCUGGCGGUGCCCAGAGAGGAAAGGGCAGCAGUUACUCCCUGCUGAGGGGGAGGCAGCCGAGGGCAGUGACCCCUGGGGGGGAGGCAGCCGCUGCUGCCAGGCCUCUGAGGCACAUCCCUUCUGCUGCUGCCACCACUCUGCUCCUUCCCAGGCUGCUGGAGCCAACUGCCCUUUGUUCCUGCUUCUUCAGGGAGACCUGAAUGCCCCCCCAGAGCCAGGUGGGGUCCCUUCUGGACAAGGAGUUGUGCAGCUCAGCAGCCUGGCACGUUAAGAGAGUGAAGUGCCACCCCCAAUCCCGGGCUGCAGAGAGCACAGGGGGGCUGGGGGGGCUCAGGGAGCAGCUCCCAGUGCCACAAUUACAGCCCAACGUUCACUCCACGGGGUUGUGCUGAAGUGGGGACACGGCAGCUGUUCUGCCCCUGAGGGAACGGCCCCGGUGGGCUGGACCUGGGGAGGGGUUUGGUGAGGCUGCACCUCCUGAGGCCAUUUUGUCAGAGAGAGGAAACAUCAGCCCCAGCUCCUCCUGUGCAGCCCCUUCCUGCUCCCACCCCACCAAGAGCCCCUCAGCCACCCCAGAUGUAACGGCCUGAAGGUGAAGCUGGGCAAAGCCAACUGAAAUCAGAGCUCCAGCAGGUGAAGGGGCUGAGGAAGAGCUUCCCCUCCUGGCCUCGGACAGGCAGCAGCUCCCAGUGUGAAGUGCUAGAGCUCAGGGACUCCUAAAGCAACGUGUGGGCCAAGGAUUGUCAGCAGAGGUGGGACAACAAAGAGUCUUCAGGGAAAAACCCCAGCAGCACGUGCAUCAGUGUGAAGAAUCCUGCUGUCAACAUGAGUCCACAUCCCACUGCAACCCCUCCCUGGUGCCACAAGCCUCCAAAACCCCACUGAUUCACCCCAAACCUGGGCCUGGGUGACGCCAGGGCUGAGUGGCACCAGCUGCCUGUGGCAGGGGGAGGGAACCGUGGCCACAGCACUCACCAAAGCACCCGAGGCUGGAGGCGGCCGGGCCCGCCGCUCGCUGGGGAGAGGCUGCUGGCAGCUCAGAGCCUCCCUGCCCGCAGCUGCCACUGCAAGGAAACAAAAGGAAGGUCAGUUUGGAGAAAAUAAACCAGGCCUUUAAAGUC